CUCAGGGCGAGGCGGGGCCGGCCGCGCGUACUUAAGCAGUCUUGGCGCUUGCGGACGCCCCGCCAUGGCUCUGAGGUGCAUCGUUUCUGUGCUGCGCUUCGGCACUCCCCGCGUCGCCCCACUGUCCACGGCGCCCGUGGCUCGCGAGCAGUCCGCGGCUGGCGAGCAGUCCGCCGCAGGCCGGGAGGCCACUCCAGGAUGCCGGGCGGCCGAAGGUGCGCGACCGCCGUUGCCCGUCGUGGACUUCGGCAACACUCAGGAGGCGUACCGCAGCCGGCGCAGCUGGGAGCUGGCGCGCAGCCUGCUGGUGUUGCGCUUGUGCGCCUCACCUGCGCUGCUGGCGCACCACGAGCAGCUGCUCCAUCUCACCAGGAGACUUCUGGGGCAAAGGCUGUUUGACAAGCUGAUGAAGAUGACCUUCUAUGGGCAGUUUGUGGCUGGUGAGGACCAGGAGUCCAUCCGGCCCCUGAUCCAGCACAACAGGGCCUUUGGCGUGGGCUCCAUCCUGGACUACGGGGUGGAGGAGGAUCUGAGCCCCCAGGAGGCGGAGCACAAGGAGAUGGAGUCCUGUACAUCGGCUGUAGAGAGGGAGGGCAGUGGUACAAGUAAGAGGGAGAAGCAGUACCAGGCCCACCGGGCCUUUGGAGACCGCAGGGAUGGUGUCAUCAGUGCCCGCACCUACUUCUAUGCCAAUGAAGCCAAGUGUGACAGCCACAUGGAGACGUUCUUGCGCUGCAUUGAGGCUUCAGGCAAAGCCAGUGAUGAUGGCUUCUCAGCCAUCAAGCUCACCGCAUUGGGGAGACCCCAGUUUCUGCUGCAGUUCUCAGACGUGCUGACCAAGUGGAGACGAUUCUUUCACCAAAUGGCUGCAGAGCAAGGGAAGGCUGGGCUGGCUGCCAUGGACAUGAAGCUGGAGGUGGCAGUGCUACAGGAAAGUGUGGCAAAGAUGGGCAUCGCAUCCAGGACGGAGAUUGAGAGCUGGUUCACUGCGGAGACCUUGGGCGUGUCUGGCACUCUGGACCUACUGGACUGGAGCAGCCUCAUCGACAGCAGGACUGAGCUCUCUAAGCACCUGGUGGUCCCUAACAUGCAGACAGGACAGCUGGAGCCUCUCUUGUCACAGUUCACGGAGGAGGAAGAGCUGCAGAUGACGAGGAUGCUGCAAAGAAUGGACAUCCUGGCCAAGAAAGCCACCGAGGUGGGCGUGCGGCUGAUGGUGGAUGCCGAGCAGACCUACUUCCAGCCAGCCAUCAGCCGCCUGACGCUGGAAAUGCAGCGCAAGUUCAACAUAGAGAAGCCGCUCAUCUUCAACACAUACCAGUGCUACCUCAAGGACGCCUAUGACAACGUCACCCUGGAUGUGGAGCUGGCUCGCCGUGAGGGCUGGUGCUUUGGGGCCAAGCUGGUGCGGGGUGCAUAUAUGGCCCAGGAACGCGCCCGUGCCGCGGAGAUUGGCUAUGAGGACCCCAUUAACCCUACGUACGAGGCCACUCAUGCCAUGUAUCACAGGUGCCUCAAUUAUGUCCUGGAGGAGCUGAAGCACAAUGCCAAGGCCAAAGUGAUGGUGGCCUCUCACAAUGAGGACACAGUUCGCUUCACGCUGCGCAGGAUGGAGGAGCUGGGCCUGCACCCUGCUGACCGUCAGGUGUACUUUGGACAGCUACUGGGCAUGUGUGAUCAGAUCAGCUUCCCACUAGGUGAGCUGAGUCUCCCAGGGGAGCAGGGGUGGGGAAGUCUAGGACUGGGACUCACUGCUUCUGCCUGUGUGUACAGGUCAGGCGGGCUUUCCCGUGUACAAGUAUGUACCCUAUGGCCCUGUGAUGGAAGUGCUGCCCUACCUGUCCCGCCGCGCCCUGGAGAACAGUGGUGUCAUGAAGGGUGCCUGGCGGGAGAGGCAGCUGCUGUGGCAGGAGCUCAAGCGGAGGCUCCGCACAGGCAGCCUCUUUCACCGUCCAGCCUAGUGCUCGUGGGGCACCACCACCCACCUUCAGACUUGGCCUUCAGAUGCUCCCUUGCCUGGGCUGUGGCCUCCCAGGCCAAUGCCACAUUUAUAGCCCAACCAAAACUUCACGUGGAUUCACCUUUUUAUGCCCAAGACUAUGAGAUCCACUGGAAGUCGGGCCUCGGUGCCCCUCUGGCCUCUGCCCAGGACAUGGGCACCUAGACCAUGUCUGAUGCUUGCCAGAGCCACUGGGAACUGUCAGGGACUGCCCUUCAGUAAGUGGGCACAACCCCAUGACCUUGGACCCAAAGGACCACCUUCUGACAGAGUUCAUCCAGCCCAUACCGAGCCCCUCGGGUAGUCACCAGUGGGGAAGCUGGCCUGGUCAAUAAACCACUAUUCCUGCAGCCCUCAA